CGAGAAUUUCUUGCUGCUGUCUGCGUAGUCAAGAUGAUGACAUCCCUCAUGUAUGUAGACCAGUAACCUGCUACAACUAACUAUACUAUAGUACGGUAGAAGAGGAGCGAAACGGUCUCUUCCAUGCCUGUUCCUUCGCCCAGUAGCUUGAGCAACAGAACAAGGUUUCGACGUGCCGCUUCUUCGAUGGAUUCGAAUGACAACGACAAUGGCUGUGAUAAUGAAAUAACUGUUCCGUCGGUGCCGCAAGAGCCGGUGGCUCGUGGCAGGGGACGACAAAGAAAACGAUAUGGCGAAAUCAUCAGUGCACUGUCCAACUUUUCAAUUCAAUACAACUUGGGGGUGAUCUCCCCAGCACUCUUGCUGCUGGAUCAUUGCAGAGUGACCAAUCAAGCAGACAAUCCUUCCUUGUAUCCACUUUCGUCCAACGCUGAUUCCUUGCUCAAGAGUGCUGUGUUUUUGGGAGCGAUAUUGGGACAAUCUUCGAUGGGAUUCAUUGGAGAAGCCUUGUGUGGGUCGCUCCACCUUGCCAUGCUGGUGACAAAUGGAAUUGCCUUGCUGGGAACUCUGGGGAGUACUCUGGUUCCCCUCGUGGGUGCCGGAGAUUUCCAACGGGCUGAACAAGUGUACACGCUGUUGGCUGUCUUUCGAGCCAUUCUGGGAUUCGGGGUCGGGGGGAAAUAUCCACUGGGAUCUGCGAUUCGAGCACAAGCAGCCGAGUCGGAUGUGGAGUGCCCAGACAAGAAAGAGCAUCGGGCCAAAGAAGUUGCCAAGGGAUUCUUCUGGCAGACUCCAGGAGCCAUCAUGCCUUUCAUUGUGCAAUGGGCACUCCUCCUGGUUUUUGGAGACGAGCACAGCGGAGUUGGUAGGAAAUACGUCACCAGUACCAACAAACAAUAUGUCAUUCUCGUUGGUUUGGGUGCGAUACCCAGCAUUGUCAUGAUAUUCCUGUCGUGGCAAGAACUUGCCAAUGAUGCAAAUCAAGGAGGAAACUGCCCGACAAUCUGCCGUCGCAAUAGAGGAGGCUACAGAGAAGUCCUUGGCAACAGGAAUAGAGGACAAAGCGGACUGGCAAUGUUGCUGGGGGCACUUCGCAAUAGAGAGCACCUGCGCAAACUGGUCGGCACUGGAGUGUCGUGGGCUCUAUAUGACUUUGUCUAUUACGGAACCGCCUUCAACCAACCUGAAAUCAUUUCAACGGUACUAGGGGAUGGUACCGGCCUGGUUGGAGUUUCCUGGAGAGAUGCCCUGAUUGCCAUGAUGGGCAUCCCAGGAGUGGUUUUGGCAAUCCAAAUGAUGGAGACAAUGGGUGGCCCCAAACCCCUUCAAGGAUGGGGCUUUGUCAUGAUUGGCAUUGCAAGUCUUAAUCUAUUGAUAUUCUAUGCGAGUCGAGACCUUAUUGGGUCCAACAUUUCGAAAUGGGGAGGAUUUGUGUCGUGUGCAUUGCUCAUCUGCGCCUUGAACUGGGGGUGCAAUGUUUCUACAUACGUGAUGCCCAUGGAAGUGUUUCCGAGAGAAGUGCGGUCAUCCAUGCACGGUCUGUCGGCCGGUAUGGGAAAAGCUGGGGCAUUGCUUGGUUGCCUCGUCUUUACUCAAUUGAAUCAAAUCAGUGUUUCAUUGACUUUUGCUGCGUGCGUGAUUGCUUGCUGUUUAGGUGUCUUGGUGACCUGGCGAUUUGUGGAACCUCCAUAUCAGAACACGUUCUUUGCAGACAGAUACCAGAGCACGCAACAACAAGACAGACAUCACGAACCCACUUCUGAAAUGGAACCAAUCCGUCAUGAAGAAAUAAUAUGAAAGUUGGGAACAAAACUGCACAGGGGAAAACCACGUCACUUCAUCGCAAAAAACAAGGCAUGCCAGCCGCCUCAUCCAGUGUCUUGGCCUGUUCACGGCCACAAUAGCCACAUUGCGCAGGCACUUCACAAAGGCGGUGGACUUCCAGCGCAACAACCACUGGAGCUGGGUCUCGCUGUGGCCAAGGGAACAGAGCAACACACAAGCCCCGCAACGUUUUUGCGUUUUGGUGUUGCCUUCCCUUGCACGGAUCGUGUCGACACAACUCGCCCCAGUCCAUGGGAAGACCACUAAGGAUCAUGAAAGACGACCCCCUCAAGAUGGUGCGCCGCAAGAACAGCAGCGACCGACCCCUCCUCUUUCGCUCGGGCUCGGCGGCUGGAAAUCACUGGCUAGUAUGCCAAAGGGACCCACUCGGAUACAAGCCUCCAUGAGCGCAUAAACUCUCCUAUUGAGUUCUAGCUCCCUAGUACAUAUGUUCAGACGUUCCCCAGACAUACACACUAUGUUGCCGAGAAACCUUUUACGAUCCAUCUUGUCCUGACUGAAUUUCGGUUCGCGAUCUUUCUGCUUUUUGGUGUGCAUCCAAUACUUACUGGGGAGUCAUUCCUUCACGAAGAGCGACAUCUUUGAUUCCCUCCAUGUCCGCGAAAGCUUGGAUGUCACGAAGCCUCCAACCCAGUCCCUUCCAUUGUGGGGUAGCUGUGAAUGGCUUUGUGGCAUCUUCUCUUGGAUUGUUGAUCACCUGGUCCACGGGAAGAAUCUGCGUUCCACCAUUGAGCGUAAUCAGCUCAUUAGCCCAAGAAUCUUCCUUCACAAGAAUCAAGGCAGUGAUCUCGGAUUCAAGGACUGCCUCGUACAGAGCACCUACAAAGUCUUGGUUCUCUUUUGACAUUAUCAGGCCAUCGAUGAUGAUAAGGGGAAGAUCCACAGAAUUUGUUCGCGAGUCCACGGAUAGUCGCAAGUCUUCACGGCAAAUGCGUAUAAGUUCCGUCUCAAAGCUACCAGACAAACACUUCAUUCUGCGCAGCUUGGCGGCGGCAAUAUCGUACCAGCCGCUCAAACCGACUUUUGCAGGAGCUUCUCUUUUUUCUUUUGGAAUUAAUGCUCUGGCGAGUAAUCUAUGAAUGACAGGAGCUGCAUCUGCUGCUCCCAGGCUUCGCAAAAAAGAAGUCGCAAAAUCCCUAGAAUCACAUGUUCGUUUCAUGAUGGCCCGACGAGGGCGAAUGUUCACAUCUCCAUGCAUCAAGUAAACAAUGCUGACAUUGUCUUUCCAGAGCCCGAACAACCCUGGCAGAUGUAGGUUUUGCCUAUUAACGCGGUUGAAUAAUGUUGGACAAGCGCACCAACAAGAGAUUCACCACCCACUACAGCCGUUCUACUGUAUUGGGUAUCACACCAUAAACCUUCCUCGACUCCGCUGCACUGUCAAGCUCGUCGAGCAACCAAAGCCAUCUUGACCCGCGGUACAUCUGGGCUAGAACGUAGUCCAUUCUUUCUUUCGUAGACUCGGUAUAAAAUAUAAGAGAGGGGUGGCUGUUUGUUUGGUUUAGAGCAUCAUCAACGCUGGCCGCAAACAUACGCCAUUUUUGCUUUUCG